UUAAUCUUGCCAUCUCAUCAGAUUCGAAUAAUUUUGUCUGCCAAUCUAUUUUAGAUGGUAUCUUAUCUCCUUUCCAAUAUUGGGCUAGUAAUGUUCCCACAGCUGUGGUUGCGUAUAUAAAUAAUGUUCUCAAUUCCUUCAACAUAUCUUUGCUUAUAAUACCUACAUUUCUAUGAACCUAUGUCUUUUCUCAUUUUUCCUCCUUGCCCAGGGAGACCAAGGCUCACCUGGAGAUGUGAGCUUCACAGGUCUUCGCACAGGAGGGGGCUACGACCCGUUUAGUUUCACCACCAAGGGGGAAAAAGGAGAGCGGGGACUUCCUGGCAAAGAUGGGAUUCCUGGAUUGCCUGGCAGGCCUGGACGAACUGGUCCCCCUGGUUCGCCUGGACUCAUGGGUCUCCCUGGCAUUCAAGGCGAUCAUGUAAGUUGGUCGUAUGACCCCUUUUCCCAACCAGUAUCCUGCCCUCCCAAUUUUUUAAAACAAGUCUGUUACACCUUUGGGUGGGCAUUUACAGGUUUCCUGCAAAUUUGCACUGUCUUUUUGCAAGUGACCGUUGAGCCCCUCUGAUUGACUGAGUUAAACUCAGUUAAGCUGUGUCUUUUUAUGCUUGCUUAUGGUGGAACUUCUGGCAAUGCUUGGCCAGACUGGAAUGCUUGGGGAGCAUCGAUACAGGAUGCUUGCAGUCUGGUUUCUAUGAGGGAAGGAAACAACGUCUGGUUUUGUUUGCUGUUGAA